AAAUGAAUGUUUCGUACUUAAAUAUCAAUCAACAUUGACGUUCCGUAUGGCAGUUUACUGUCAAUUUCAACAAAUUCAUCGUCGGUGUAUGAUGAUGUGGUUUAGUCUUCGAAAUCAAAAACAAAUUUAACUUUUAUUAUCUCCAUGAGUUUAUUUUAAAGAAGAUUCAUUGAGAACUAUGAAUUUUAACGCUUCAAGGAAUGUGAAUCCAGUGGGUGGGCCUCGUAAGGCUAAAAGAGUGAGUGAUGUAUCAGCCAUGGGAGUUCCUUCGCCGAGUCCGGCUUAUAACACACCGCCAGCAUACAGUCAGGGAUUUGAAACAGUCCCACCAGCAGCUCCAUACCAACAGGGGAUCCAAGUGGAAACUCGGCAAGACUUUGCAGCCGCUGAGCCCGCAGGAAAUUUUGGCUACAUGGCGGGAUACCCUCAGGCUCCCAUGCCAUCGGCUGCUAAUAUAGGGUCCAUGCUUCAUCAGCCCAUUGUACAGGAUAUGGCGCUCCAGUACGGGUCGGUGCUGGCGGCGGAGGGGCGGGCGGCGGUGUCCCGGGAGCUCGGCCGGUUCGUGCCGAUGACCCGCCUCCGAUACUACUUCGCAGUGGACACCAGAUACGUCCUCAAGAAACUCCUACUCCUUGUCUUCCCCUUCACACACAAGGAGUGGAUGGUGAGGUAUGACCAGGACAGCCCCGUCCAGCCGCGGUAUGACGUGAACGCGCCCGACCUCUACCUCCCCGCCAUGGGGUACGUCACCUACGUGCUGCUGGCCGGCUUCAUGCUGGGUCUUCAACAUAGGUUUUCACCAGAACAGAUCAGUAUCCAGGCGUCCAGCGCCCUGGCGUACAUAAUCUUCGAGAUGGUGUUGUACCUCAUCACGCUGUACAUCACCAACACGUCGACGGCUCUCAAGACCCUGGAUCUCUUGGCCUUCUCCGGCUACAAGUACUGCACGAUGAUCGCCAGCCUGCUGUGCGCGCUCAUGAUGGGCAGCACCGGCUACUACUGCUGCUUGGCGUACGGCAGCUGCGCAUUGUCGUUCUUCCUGGUGAAGACGCUCCGCCUCCACUUGUUGUCCGGUCCCCGCGAGGCCGAGCAGCGGUCGUCGUACGAGUACAGCUUCCCCGCCAACCCCAACCCUUACUCGGAGAGCUGGUCCAAGGCGGGCGCGGGCGGCACCAAGCGCCGGCUGUACUUCUUGCUGUUCGUGGCCAUCACCCAGCCUCUGCUGUCCUGGUGGCUCACCUACCACCUCGUCCCCGCCCGGCCCGCCCUCACACAGGCUCGAUAGCGACGCUCGACACUACUCUACUCUUCACACUCUCCAACACAAACGAGACGACCGCAUGCUGAUAUUUAAAAUUUGUACUUUUCGUAUACAACCGGCGCCCGCGCGAGGCCGCGAGGCCGCGAGGGGCUCCACAAGUAAAGCUUUUGUUUUUAUACUUCAUGAUUUAUUGUAUUAUCAUAAAAAUAACUCAGUUCACGGCUGCUAGUGUUUUAAAUACGGCCAGGAAUAUUCAAUGUCUUCUUCCGAGGAGGUGCAUUACAUGGGACGGGAUCUGAAUGUGAACGCUGUACCCGUGUUAGGGCGGAGUAGCCCCGCCCUCGCAUGGUCGCUACAGAGGAACGUGUGCUGAAAUCAAUGCUAUGAUUUAAAAAUGAUUUAGUGUAAAGCGUUUAAUAUGUAUAUAAUAUAUUGAUAACAAACUUAAA